AUGGGGAAGGAGGCAAUGAAGCAGCAGCAUGAGGGCCUUGGAGUGCAUCCAGAUGAAAGGAAGAGUCUGGGUGUCACGAUCGAGAAGACUUCUCAUGGGGCUCCUACAGAGAAAGCCCGACUGGAGAGGGAACUGAACCCAUGGAAGCUGAAUCACUUGCUGAGAAACGUUCAUUUUCCAUCUUCAUCAUCCCAAGAAGAGAUUUAUAUCAAUGAGGAAGGAGAAGCCCCGGGACAAUAUGACCUCACAAACUUAGUUAUGUUCCCUGAUCAGAGAGACAGGCUACUGAAUGUGAUUAAAGUGGGAAGCUUCAGCACUGUGGCCCCCGACCAGCUGAUUGUCAGUGACAGCGCCAUCUUGUGGCACCCACAUUUUACAGAGACUCCUCAAUCCGUGUGCAUUGACAGCUGUAUCCCAGGGUACCAAAAAGUUUCCCGGGAAGUAGAGUUUUCCUGCUGUUAUGACUGUGUGCCCUGCGCAGAGGGACACAUCUCCAACACAACAGAUAUGGAAAUGUGUAUUCAAUGCCCAGAAGAUCAGUGGCCCAAUGACAAGAGAACUAUUUGCAUCCAGAAAAUAACAGAAUUUCUUUCAUAUGAGGAUCCCUUGGGACAGUCUCUGGCUGCAGUCUCGGUUCUCUCCUCUCUUACUGUCAUUUUAGUUUUUCUGAUUUUCAUGAAAUAUCACAAAACUCCUGUGGUCAAGGCCAAUAACCAAACCCUGAGCUACUCCCUCCUCCUCUCCCUCACACUGUCCUUCCUCUGCUGCUUCUUGUUCAUUGGGCGCCCUCAGAAAGUGACCUGCCUGCUCAGACAAGUUACAUUUGGGAUCAACUUUACAGUUUCUGUCUCUUGUGUCCUGGCUAAAACUGUCACAGUUGUCAUUGCCUUUAAUGCCACAAAGCCGGGAAGCAAGAUAAAGAAAUGGGUGGGAACAAGAGUGUCCCUCUGCCUGGUCCUUCUCUGCUCUCUGCUCCAGGUUGGGAUAUGCCUGGUCUGGCUGAUCUCCUCCCCACCAUUCCCAGACUAUGACACUCACACUUACACUGGGAAGAUGAUAUUACAAUGUAAUGAAGGCUCUGUCUCUGCAUUCUACACUGUGAUUGGUUACAUGGGGUUCCUGUCGGGAUUAAGUUUCAUAGUUGCUUUCCUGGUUAGGAAGUUACCAGCCAGUUUCAAUGAGGCCCAGCUGAUCACUUUCAGCAUGCUGGUGUUCUGCAGUGUUUGGGUGUCCUUCAUCCCAGCGUACCUGAGCACCAAGGGCAAAUACAUGGUGGCUGUGGAGAUCUUCGCUAUCCUGGCUUCCAGUGCAGGGCUGCUGGGCUGUAUCUUCAUUCCCAAGUGCUACAUUAUCCUCUUCCGCCCUGAGCAGAACACCCGCCGGGGCCUUACUGGGAAACACUUACAGUGAAAAGUCUUCAAUGAUUACUAAACAAGUCCAGUUGCUUCAAAUUUAUUUAUACUAGAUAUACCAUGACCUGGAUGAAUGAAAAUCUUCAUAGACUUACAGUGAAUUAUUGCUAACCUUCCUGUAAUUGUCGCUAUUCUGGUUAUUAUGAGGUGAUAUCAGUUUGGACACCUGUAAUUCUUCUCCAGAAUGUUCCUUGGUAACGUCAAUCUCAAUAGAAUUCUCCUGAUUGUUUCGAUGCCUUCCACCUCCUUGUCCCCUUCAUCCUUUCCCUUCAAUCCCUCUGUAUUCUGUAUUUUCAAUUCCAAGUGCUACGUUAUCCUGUUCCACCCUGAGCAGAACCCCAAGAGACUCCUCACUGGGAAACACAAUCAUUUAUUGAUAAACUUGCCCGUGUCAUUAUUGUUAUUGUUAUUAUAAUUCCUUCAAGUCAGUUUGCUCCACAAUUAUUUUGCCCUCUGUUUGGGUAUUUAGGUUUGUCAGUGUCUGGUUACUGAAUACUGUGAAGUAAGACUAGAAAAACACAUGAUCUUCCUACAUUAUGAGAUGGAGACCACGGAAAAACCUAUAUUGGAAAUGACUGUU